AUGUCCGCCAACAAGGGAGCUACUCACGGCACUGCCGUCGGCAAGGCUAAGGCCCGCCCAGAGGCCAUCAAGGCCGCCGCUGCCAAGAAGGCUGCCCUCAAGGGUACCUCUGGCCAGAAGAUCCGCAAGGUGCGAACCUCGGUCAGCUUCCACCGCCCCAACACCCUCAAGUUGGCUCGCCAGCCCAAGUACCCACGCAAGUCGAUCCCCCAUGCCCCUCGCAUGGACGCCCACAAGACCAUCCUCUUCCCGCUCAACACCGAGUCGGCCAUGAAGAAGAUUGAGGAGAUCAACACCCUCGUCUUCAUCGUUGCCCGUACCGCCAACAAGAGGCAGAUCAAGGCCGCCCUGAAGAAGCUGUACGACGUUGAGGCUGCCCACAUCAACACCCUCAUCCGCCCCGAUGGAAAGAAGAAGGCCUUUGUCCGACUGGCCGCUGACCAGGACGCCCUGGACAUUGCCAACAAGGUCGGUGUCCUCUAA